AUGGGAGAUCAACCGGUGACGAAAACAGAGUUUGAUGGUGCCAUAGCGGGUUUAACCGGGGCCAUCACCGCUCUGACAACACAGAUGACGACGUUAUCCAACAACGUUAACAACAACAGAAUCAAUCCGAAUAGGGGAGGAGAACGAAUUCCGGUUAUUAGGGUUCGUAAUAACAACCAAACUAUUGUUACCUACAUAAAAUCAGAACAUACGCGUGGUGAAUCUGAUUUGGAAUACUAUGAGCGUAGAUACUACAAAAGGUUGAAGGAUGAUUACUACACGUUUAAAAUCUCUGAUUCGACAUAUCGUUGUCCGUUUUGUUGCAACAAAGAUUACUCCUUGUCCGACCUUUUGAGACAUGCUUACAGAAUGUCAGGUAACUUGCGUAAGACGAUUAAAGAUAUUGCUAAACAUUCUGUUUUGAUAACGUAUAUUAAUUGGUAUGUUAAGGUUAAAUUCGAUGAAGCAUGGAGCCUCAUCAAUAAUUCCAACAACAACAAUCAUGCCAACAAUUUUCAACUACGUCACAUAGCUAAUGAAACCCUAGAUGAUAACCAACCAUCUCAUCCCAAGAAACUUGACGAUUCUGCUGAUAAAUCCAAACCGAAAGAAACUGAAGUAGUUGUUGAACCAGAUGUUUCAGUUGAAGGUGAAGAAUCCAAAGAUGAAAAUAAAGAGGCCGAUGAAGUCGAGCAAGUUCACGAUGUUAUUAGAGAUUCCCAACACGAUGAAGUCGUGGAUUUUGAAAUCGAUAACACCAAAUCAGCUAUGGUUUCAAACGUCAUCAAUCCCAAUGUGCAAUCUGCUCCUUUAAUCUGUGUCCAAACAGAGGCGACGCCAGUCACAGAUUGCAUAGUACCAGCGUCUAAAUAUCACAAUGAAUCAAUGGUUGCGUUUGAAAGGAUCAUGGAUGCAGCAACCGAGAUUCAAAUAAGUGAGAAUGAGCCACUUGAAGUUGAUACUUGGAGUUCUCAAACUUCCCUCAUUCAGCACCAUUAUUAUUACCUAAUUAGUGAACUUGAUGUUAGUGACACUAACUCAUACAUGUUAACUAAGGUGGGUCAAACAUCCUUCUGUGAUAAAUUUCCAACUUUGUAUGCCAUCUUUGAGGAAUGGGACCCCGGUGGUAAUUUGGAUGUGUUGGCACAAGACGGGUCCUCUCACUUCACUCAAUGGGAUCCAGGAGGGUGGUCUCUUGUUCAUUGGAGGAAUCAACUUGCAAGGGAAGCUCCUUAUCAAGAUGAGAACUCGGGAAGUAUAGAACACUUGCUUGUUGAAGCCAUGACAAACGAUUCUUCAGAAUAA